AUGACAACGACAAUUUCAAAGGAUGGCCCUGAAGCCAAUGCACCAUCUUCCUUGAGCACAUCCAAUGGAGAAGCUUCCAAAGAAGAUGCGAAGCUAUCCAAAACGAUAAAGGCCAUUUUGGAUCCAGAUCGCAUAGAAGCUCUCUUGGCGUUUGAUGCCACUCUGGUUCGCUACGAACCCUUUUCCUUUUUGGUGAUAUUUCGGUUUCAAGGGCGGAACUGGAGCAUGAUGAUUUUGCCGUUAUUGAUAUUGGGAAUGCUCGACCUUGCUUGGUGGUUUAUUUUGCAUCAAGUGUUGUUACCAAGCAAUGCCAUUCGAGGGAUUGAGAAUGGAGAAAUGACAGAAGAUCUCACUGCGAGAGUGGAACGAUUGGACGAAUUGGUUUCUCCCAUUCUGGUGCCAGUCUCUUUUCUUUUAGUAUUUCGGUUGGGUCGGGCUGCUGUAAGAUUCUGGGACGCGAGAUCGGCCAUGGGAAAAUUGAUUGAAGUUUGUCGGACCUUUAUUUCCACCGCAGUAGUGGGGUGUCAAGCUUGCAAGGCCCUUGAUCCUCCUGCACUGAGUGCCAUGAACAUUGUGGAACUUGUUCACGCCAAGAAGCAGGACGAUGUUCGAUUAAAAUUGGUGAGACAGUUUGCUCGAUGGACCUGUGUCUUUCCAAUUGCCGUUCGAAACUUCUUAAGACCAGAGAGUCGAGCAGAAUUUGAAGCUUGUUGCAAUUUGGUUUGCAACAGCAAACGCACGAAAGGGAACGACGAGAAGCACGAGAUGGGAAUCAGCCCAGAUCUGUUGGAUUUGGUUUCUUUUCAGGAGGCCACGGAAUUGCAGCAUAGUGCCUUCCCAACUAUCUUCGUAUUGAAUAAAAUGCGAUUGCUGGCGUGGGAUGCUUCAGAAAGUGCGGGAGCUUCACCUAGCAAACAAGCACUACUCUAUCGGCAACUGAACGAACAGAUUGACAUUUUGACCGGGGCAUGGGGAGCUAUGGAACGCAUCAACUUGACACCGCUACCAUUUGUCUACGUAGCCCACUUACGGACAUUUCUAAUGUUAUACCUGUGCUUUUGGCAUAUAUCCUCGAUCGCACUGAAUGGGUGGGUUUGCAUUCCACCCUUGAUGAUUGCAUCAUGGGGACUGCUGGGAAUUGAAGCGGCUGCUGUUGAAUGUGAGCGACCAUUUCACUGGAACAGAAAUCACUUGGCACUGGGUAAGAUGGGGGUUGUAGUUGCCAAGAAUGUUCACCAAACACUGCUCAAUUGCGGGUAUUCCUAA